AUGGGUCCCGGGGCGAGGGUGAUCCAUGAGGAAUUCCGGAACAAUAAGCUCGUUUCCAGGACGUAUGCCGAGUCGAAAGGGAUUACAAUCAUGGGCGUAGAAGUUACUCUAAUGAACGCAACAAUCGGCAUCGCCGAAACCGUAGCCUACCAAGAAUUGAUUCUUGCGCUCCGCCUUCUUAUGACGAAACUUUUCCUGCAAAAAGCCAUCCAAACAGAUCACCUUGACAUCAAAACAUGGGCCCUAUUCCCGGGACAUCAACAAAUUGUAGAGAUUGAAAACGUUUCCGAGUACGACCAACGGUUAAAAUUCCAUGCUAAUCGCUGUCGGGCUAGCCACAAGGGCUACAAUUUGUGGCCCGGGCGAAAAAUGAAGGUACGUGUCGACGGCCUCGACAGUUUCGAGGCCGACAGCUAUUUGAUGAUCAAAACCUGGGCUGAAUAUGCAAAAUCCGUACCUGAAAGACGGGUUGGCAAGCGCUUCUGCCACUUGAAGGAAGUCUUCCCACACGAAAUGAAGACCCUCAUCUUGUUAGCGGCCGUAUGCGCCGUCGGGCUCAGCAUGGUUCGCGUCCCCAUGGAGAAACGCGGUGCCCUUAAGCGGCCAAACCUAAAGGCUAUCAGCCAACGUCUUCGCAGCCGUCACGACAAGACCUACCAACUCGUCCAGAAGGACGCCUACCAAGAGGGUCUCUCCGAUUACGAGAAUGCCCAGUACUACGGCUCCGUCACCAUCGGAACCCCUGCCCAGAACUUUGCUAUCCUUUUCGACACUGGCUCCUCGAACCUGUGGGUGCCAUGCGCCGACUGCAAGAUCAGCAAUAUUGCCUGCAUGCUGCACAAGAAGUUCGACUGCAAGAAGUCGAGCACCUGCACCGCCACCGGAGCCCCGUUCGAGAUCCAGUACGGCAGUGGAUCGAUGGCCGGAGUUGUCGAUAAUGACGUUGUUUGCUUCGGAGGCCUGAGCAGCGGCUUCUGCACUGACAAGACCCAGGGCUUCGCCUGCGCCGAGACCGAGCCCGGAAUCUCGUUCGUUGCCGCCAAAUUCGACGGUAUCCUGGGUAUGGGCUGGGACUCGAUCUCCGUCAACAAGAUCCCGCAGCCAAUGGACCAGAUCUUCGCCAACAGCGCCAUCUGCCCCCAGCAGCUGUUCGCCUUCUGGCUGAACCGUGAUCUCGACGACAACGCCAACGGCGGAGAGAUGACCCUCUGCGGAACUGACACCGCCCACUACUCUGGCAACAUCGCCUGGGAGCCGCUGAUCGCCGAGGACUACUGGCGCAUCCAGCUGGACUCGAUGAGCAUCAAGGGCAAGCAGGUCGCCACCAAGAUCGCCGCCAUCGUCGACACCGGUACCUCGCUCUUGGCUGGACCCACCGACGCCGUCAAGGAGAUCCAAAAGCAAAUCGGAGCCUUCUCGCUCGGCAACGGCGAGUACAUGGUAGACUGCAACCUGAUCCCCCUCCUCCCCAAGGUCACCUUCACCCUUGGAGGACAAAACUUUGUCCUCGAGGGAAAGGACUACGUCCUCAAGAUCACUGAGCAGGGAGAAUCCGUGUGCCUCUCCGGCUUCAUGGGCAUCGACAUCCCGGCCCCGAACGGACCCCUCUGGAUCCUUGGAGAUGUCUUCAUCGGCCGUUUCUACUCCGUCUUCGACCGACAGAACAUGCGCGUCGGAUUCGCCCAGUCCAAGAAACAA